AUGCUGGGAGUUGUAGUGAGUGGGCGCUUCCCCACUACUCCUCCCUAGGCAUUCCCACUUGGAAGACCGUGAUGCGCUGCCAGAGCAGGUUCUCUAGUUUCGUACUCGUAGCUCAACGUGACAGAGGACUGCGCCUCAAGCCUGCGGCUGCGCAUCGCGUCGGUCCCGCGGGCCUUUGCCCCGCCUCUUUCCACACCCGUUCCCUUGACAGCUGGGCUGCGCUUGGAGCCGCGGCGAGCCCUCAGCGCGCAGGCGCAGUAGCCCGGCGCCGCGUUAGGUAGGCCUGGAGGGCGGGACGAGCGCGAGGGGCUCUCGGUCGCCGGGGCGCGCACGUAGGCAACGCAGAGACCAUCACGUGGGGCGCCGAAGAUCGCAGUGCGCGUGGCCGUGGCGGCUGGUGUGGGGUUGAGUCAGUUGUGAGAUCCGGAGCUGCUGACCCAGCGGGUGGCCCACCGUACCCGCGACACAGCGGCAGGCGUCAGGGCUCGGAAGCGGCGAGCCUGGCUCCGUCCUAGAGGUUGGCCGAGCGGGCACCACCGUCGUUCCCCGCCCCCAGCCAGCAAACCGUCGCCGCGGGCGCGCCCCCGCUCUGCGCUGUCUCUCCGAUGGCGUCCGCCUCCGGGGCCAUGGCGAAGCAUGAGCAGAUCUUGGUCCUCGACCCGCCCACAGACCUCAAAUUCAAAGGCCCCUUCACAGAUGUAGUCACUACAAAUCUUAAAUUGCGAAAUCCAUCGGAUAGAAAAGUGUGUUUCAAAGUGAAGACUACAGCACCACGCCGGUACUGUGUGAGACCCAACAGUGGAAUUAUUGACCCAGGGUCAACUGUGACUGUUUCAGUAAUGCUACAGCCCUUUGACUAUGAUCCAAAUGAAAAAAGUAAACACAAAUUUAUGGUACAGACAAUUUUUGCUCCACCAAACACUUCAGAUAUGGAAGCUGUGUGGAAAGAGGCAAAACCUGAUGAAUUAAUGGAUUCCAAAUUGAGAUGUGUAUUUGAAAUGCCGAAUGAAAAUGAUAAAUUGGGUGUAACUCCACCAGGGACUGCUCCGACUGUCACUUCAAUGAGCAGCAUCAACAACAACACAGUUGCCACACCUGCCAGUUAUCACACGAAGGAUGACCCCAGGGGACUCAGUGUGUUCAAACAGGAGAAACAGAAGAAUGACAUGGAACCUAGCAAAGCUGUUCCACUGAAUGCGUCUAAACAAGAUGGACCUAUGCCAAAACCACACAGUGUUUCACUUAAUGAUACUGAAACAAGGAAACUAAUGGAAGAGUGUAAAAGACUUCAGGGAGAAAUGAUGAAGCUAUCAGAAGAAAAUCGACACCUGAGAGAUGAAGGUUUAAGGCUCAGAAAGGUAGCACAUUCGGAUAAACCUGGAUCAACCUCAACUGCAUCCUUCAGAGAUAAUGUCACCAGUCCUCUUCCAUCACUUCUUGUUGUAAUUGCAGCCAUUUUCAUUGGAUUCUUUCUAGGGAAAUUCAUCUUGUAGAGUGAAGCAUGCAGAGUGCUAUUUCUUUUUUUUUUCUCUUGACCAGAAAAAGAUUUGUUUACCUACCAUUUCAUUGGUAGUAUGGCCCGCGGUGACCAUUUUUUUGUGUGUACAGCGUCAUAUAGGCUUUGCCUUUAAUGAUCUCUUACGGUUAGAAAACACAAUAAAAACAAACUGUUCGGCUACUGGACAAAUUGUAUAUUACCAGAUCAUCACUAGCAGAUGUCAGUUGCACAUUCAGUCCUUUAUGAAAUUCAUAAAUAAAGAAUUGUUCUUUCUUUGUGGUUUUAAUAAGAGUUCAAGAAUUGUUCAGAGUCUUGUAAAUGUUAUUUUAAUAAUCCCUUUAAAUUUUAUCUGUUGCUGUUACCUCUUGAAAUAUGAUUUAUUUAGAUUGCUAAUCCCACUCAUUCAGGAAAUGCCAAGAGGUAUUCCGUGGGGAAAUGGUGCCUCUUACAGUGUAAAUUUUUUCCUCCUUUACCUUUGCUAAUAUCAUGGCAGAAUUUUUCUUAUCCCUUGUGAGGCAGUUGUUGACUGAGUUUUUCAUCCUUACAAUCCUGUCCCAUGGUAUUUAACAUAAAAAAAUAAUAAAACUGUUAACAGAUUCUUGCUUCAUA